UGCCAGCUAAGGAGGUCGCUGAUUACUCUAGAGCGAUGCUUCGAAAUAACACCGUGCAAGAGGCUUCUGUUCGAGUUUGAAGUUGCACACGCGGCCCACUCUAAAGGCUUCAUGCUGCGACGUUUCGGGCUUCCUAGAGUCUCGAUGCGGAGUGACCGGGGUUUCUGUUUGGAAGGGCCGAACCCUGCAGUCACUCCGCGGCCAAUGAAAGGCGGGCAGUGGCAGGCUGGAACGGCAGGUGCCACCCACAGCGCCUGCAUUCCCUCAAGCUUCGCCCAGCGAACUCCCACUUGGCUUUGACGCUUAACCCACGACCGCGACCCUCGACCUCAACACGACACACAGGCCAUGCCACUCAUCUGAACCUCCAUGGGCUUCUUCUACCGGACACCAACUGCUGCUGGACAGUCAUAGACCGCCGACCGAGCAUGUGGGAGGCCGACUCGUCCUGGUAUGGGGCGCCUCUCCUGGACCGUCGCGCGCCCGAUGCCACCCAACCCUACGUGAGUAUCACGACCGCGACACGGCCCACGCACGCGACUGACGACCGAUAUCAGCACUGCCCCUCGUACAAGCUGCCCAAAUUCGGUACCAUUGAAAUCUCGCCUGGCAACACCAUCUACCUCGACGAGAACGCCGUCUUCCGCCCGCUAUGCACCAACGCAGCCACCUCCCAGGACGAUGGCACAGGCGGAAUCACCAGUGUAGCCGACAUGCGCGAUCCCUUCCACGCUUCCAUCACACCCCAGGCCUACGCGACAGGCGCCGCGACCGUCAUCGCCUGGAUGCUCGUCAUCAUGCUCAUCAUCACACCUCGCACCUUCUUCGUCGGCAACGCUUCGGGACGCUCAGGGCUCAUGGGACGGCGCGGAAUGAUUAGCGGGGCAACAGGAGGUGGAUCUAUCAUAGGAGUCGGAAGCCGCCCAUGGUUGCAAAAGGCCGCAGCCCUGACCGUCGCCAUUUCUCUGACACUCGCCACUGCCGACACCUUCAAGAUCGCCGAACGCCAGUACGAGGAGGGCUUCAUCGACGCCAUGGAACUGCGGGAUCAGGUCGUAGCCGGCAUGGAAAUCAAGGUUUCGCGUGUCGUGUCCGACAUAUUUCUCUGGCUCGCGCAGGUACAGACUCUGAUCCGCCUAUUUCCACGCCACAAAGAGAAGGUCAUUAUCAAAUGGGUCGGAUUCGCCCUCAUCCUUCUCGACAUCGCAUUCAGCUGUCUCAACAGCUUUGGUCCGUACGAAAACCAACGCCGCCCCGCACAUUUCGAUACCGCCAUUCCUGCUCUCAGCUACCUGUUUCAGUUAUCACUAAGCAUGCUCUAUGCCGCCUGGGUUAUGUACUACGCCAUCACCAAGCGACGAUAUGCUUUCUACCACUCCAUGAUGUGGAACAUGAGUGUCAUCUCCCUCCUGUCCAUCAUCGCUAUCCUUACGCCGGUUGUCUUCUUCAUUACCGACAUCGCAAACUACACUAUUGCCGGCUGGGGAGACUACUUCCGCUGGGUUGGAGCGGCGGCUGCUAGCGUAAUUGUUUGGGAGUGGGUGGAGCGUAUUGAAGCGCUGGAAAGAGAAGAGAGAAAGGACGGAAUUCUAGGAAGAGAAAUUUACGACGGAGACGAUAUGCUCGACAACAGCCCAUCGGACUCCAAAUGGCCCUCAAAACGGAAGGGCCAGCCAUCAGAAAAAGAUGAGAAGAAGAGCGGGGGAGGUCAAGGCGGAUUCAGCGUUUUCGCAUCUGCACACGCUGGUCGGUUCAAUGAGUUUGCCCAGAAGCUUGGACGGAACAUGACCCAAACGCCACGAACGGAAGCACGAAAGAAGCGCACUAUCCACAUUCCAGCACCACCUCCAGUCAUGCGACGGUCCCCAUCUACGACACGUGGAGAUCGCAACUCGCGGGCCUAUGUACGAGUGCAGACCCCGCCACCAGUGCCAGUCAUCGCAUCACCAGUGAGUAGGACAGACACAACGAGCGCCGACUCGACUGUAUACACAGUCCGCUAUCACCCAAUCAGCGACACACCAGUGAACCCACGCCCUGCACCGGCAGACGGUAGACCUGGGAACCAUGAAGCACAGCCACAAGCACAAGCCUCGUCGCAAGAACCUCAAGCAGCUGAUCCCGAGGACCCGGAGAAGGGAGGCGAACUAGAGCCAGUCACUAGCAGGAGCAAAUUCCAGUGGCAAGCAUUGGGAAACCCAUUCAGGCGGAAAGGACGGACACCCCCGAAAGAGCUCCAGAGAGGUCAGGUCAUCGAGCCACUUGCAGUGGACGAUGUAGCGGCGAACAUACCCCCUCGCAAUUACAACGGGCUAGCUCUGGCCGAUCGACUCGGCACCUUUGCUGCACAGCAAGGUGAGAAGCUAAGGUCAAAGAAGAAGUCGGGGUCACAGAACGAAACGGUUCUGCCUGUCACCAUCAUCCCUGCUCAGCCUCGUGGCCAAACUUGGUCUCCAGACAUUAUUCGUCAGCAACAAGAGGAGGCCACGCAGGCUACGGGUGUGCCGGCUGCGAGCGAGCAAGAUCGGGUGAACUCACCAACGACUUCUCAUGGAGUGACGGAUUCAAGCGAGGUUGUCAACCUUUCCGCUACGCCAAACUCAACACGCACGCCUCGCAUUCGAUUCUCGCCUGCCGCUCCACUUGGAGGAAGUGUUCUCGGUGGAGAGAUGGUGCGCCCAUCGGCACCAAGUACACCACUGGCACAGGAUGAAUCGACGUCAACGAUUGACUUUAGCAGGCCCGGACAGCACAGCCGGACAGACCACGACAGGUAGCUUGUUUGCGCCGCAUCUUCUCUCGCAUGUUUCUGUUUAUAUUUGAAAUGUUGAUAGCACGUAUAUACCCCCACAUUGAGCGGCGCAUUGGUAGCAUGAUUGAGGAAAGUGGACACUCCACACAGCAUUGGCAUGGGAUGGCGCAAUUGGAAGUUAAAAAAUCUUUGGUGUUUCUACGAGGACUGGAUACCCGCCGACUACAAGGUCAGGCUCUUUGAUUUGGGAGGAGGGCGCAGAUGUGCGACCGACAGACUUAUGAUCUGAAUUAGCUAUAGCAAAAUAACAAUAUUGUCAAAUCACGUCUCU